UCUUACUGGCCAGCCUCCUAUAGAACCAGAUCUGGAGAACCCAAGAAUUGGGUGGACUUUUGUGCUGUUAUGCCAACAUGUUCUGAAGGAAGUGAGUCCUGAGGGAAAGUUCUAGAUGCUUGGGUUUACCCCGAUGGACGUCUCCAAUAGGCAAUUGGAUAACACAGUUCUCAGACUCUUUCCCAGGAACUGGACUUGGAGCAAUAACAAAACUGUCCCUAAGUAGGUACUAGUCUGUUGACAGCCGCGUCCCGCCCCCUUUGAUAAAUUCAGGGCUGGCGAUUGGCUUUCCUCUGGCGACGCCCUUGUCUGAUAGGUAAGGCUCCGCUUCGCCCUAGCCUCGUGCGUCCAGGAUACCUGCUCGAUGAUUGGCUGUAGUAGUGGAUGAGUGGCCGCGCUCAACGGCGGGCUGAGCAACAGGAAUGGGAAAAGCAAUUGGGCCAAGAUGGCGGCCGCCGAAGGGUCUGCGGGCGAUGGUGAACUAUGGCAGACCUGGUUACCUAACCACGUCGUGUUCUUGCGGCUCCAAGAGGGACUGAAAAACCAGAAUCCAACUGAAGCCGAAAAACCGGCAUCUUCAUCAUUGCCCUCGCCGCCGCCUCUGCCGCCGCAGUUGCUGAUGAGAAAUCUGGUGUUCGGCCUCGGCGGAGAACUCUUCCUGUGGGACGGAGAAAGCAGCUCCUUCUUAGUGGUUCGCCUUCGGGGCCUCGGCGGCGAGGAGCCCGCCCUUUCGCAGUACCAGAAAUUGCUUUGCAUAAAUCCACCCCUAUUUGAAAUUUAUCAAGUCUUGUUAAGUCCAACACACCAUCAUGUAGCACUUAUAGGAAUAAAAGGACUUAUGGUACUAGAAUUACCUAAAAGAUGGGGAAAGAAUUCUGAAUUUGAAGGUGGAAAAGCAACAGUGAAUUGUAGUACUACUCCAAUUGCUGAGAGGUUUUUCACCAGUUCUACCUCUCUGACUCUAAAGCAUGCUGCCUGGUAUCCAAGUGAAAUGCUGGAUCCUCAUAUAGUGCUGUUAACAUCAGACAAUAUAAUAAGAGUUUACUCUUUACGUGAGCCUCAAACUCCAACUAAGGUAAUUAUACUUUCAGAAGCAGAAGAGGAAAGUUUAAUUCUCAAUAAAAGAAGAACAUACACUGCAUCUCUAGGAGAGACAGCAGUUGCAUUUGACUUUGGGCCAUUGGCAGCAGUCCCAAAGAAUGUAUUUGGACAGAAAAGCAAAGAUGAAGUAGUGGCAUACCCACUGUACAUCUUAUAUGAGAAUGGGGAGACCUUCCUUACAUAUGUUAGUCUGUUACACAGCCCUGGGAAUAUUGGAAAGCUGCUAGGUCCAUUGCCCAUGCACCCUGCAGCUGAAGAUAACUAUGGUUAUGAUGCUUGUGCUAUACUCUGCUUACCCUGUGUUCCCAACAUAUUAGUGAUUGCAACUGAAUCAGGAAUGCUGUACCACUGUGUUGUGCUAGAAGGAGAAGAAGAAGAUGACCAAACCUCAGAAAAGUCCUGGGAUUACAGGAUUGACCUCAUUCCUUCUUUGUAUGUGUUUGAAUGUGUUGAGUUGGAGCUUGCCCUGAAAUUGGCAUCUGGAGAGGAUGAUCCCUUUGAUUCUGACUUUUCUUGUCCAAUCAAACUUCACCGAGAUCCUAAGUGUCCUUCAAGAUAUCAUUGUACUCAUGAAGCUGGUGUACACAGUGUCGGGCUAACUUGGAUUCAUAAACUCCACAAGUUUCUUGGAUCAGAUGAAGAAGAUAAGGAUAGUUUACAAGAACUUGCUGCAGAACAGAAGUGCUUUGUAGAGCACAUCCUUUGUACAAAGCCAUUGCCAUGCAGGCAGCCAGCUCCAAUUCGAGGAUUCUGGAUUGUCCCGGACAUAUUGGGGCCCACAAUGAUCUGCAUCACCAGUAGCUGUGAAUGCCUCAUAAGGCCCUUACUAAGUACAGUACAUCCGGCAUCUCCUCCCCUGCUGUGUACCCGAGAAGAUGCUGAAGUGGCAGAAUCUCCCCUCCGUAUUCUGGCUGAAGCACCGGAUUCCUUUGAAAAGCACAUUAGAAGCAUUUUGCAACGUAGUGCCGCCAAUCCAGCAUUUUUGAAUUGUUUUGCUCAGUUAAGAAAAAUGAUACAAACUUUGUUUUUAAGAUCAUCUGAAAAAGACUUGGCUCCUCCUCCUGAAGAAUGUCUUCAGCUCAUCAGCAGAGCCACCCAGGUGUUCAGAGAACAGUACAUUCUUAAGCAGGACCUGGCAAAGGAAGAGAUUCAGCGGAGGGUCAAAUUAUUAUGUGACCAAAAAAAGAAACAACUGGAAGAUCUCAAUUAUUGUCGAGAAGAGAGGAAAAGUCUACGGGAAAUGGCUGAGCGUUUAGCUGACAAAUAUGAGGAAGCCAAGGAAAAACAAGAAGAUAUCAUGAACAGGAUGAAAAAAGUACUUCACAGUUUUCACUCUCAACUCCCAGUUCUCUCUGAUAGUGAGAGAGACAUGAAGAAAGAAUUACAGCUGAUACCUGAUCAACUUCGACAUUUGGGCAAUGCCAUCAAACAGGUUACCAUGAAAAAAGACUAUCAGCAGCGAAAGAUGGAAAAGGUGCUUAGUCCUCAAAAACCCACCAUUACACUCAGUGCCUACCAGCGGAAGUGCAUUCAGUCCAUCCUGAAAGAGGAGGGUGAACACAUAAGGGAAAUGGUGAAGCAAAUCAAUGAUAUCCGAAAUCAUGUGAACUUCUAACACCACCAGAAACAGAUUCACAGCUGAAGUUAACACAACUGAAGGCUUAAACUCAUUGUAAAGCAAGUGGGUAGCACUGUCUUAUAAAGAGGCAUUCUGGAAGAACUUUGGUGUGCUUGUUCAUCAUUUUUAGUAUUUGUUUUAUAAUUAUUGAAUAAAUGACUAUAUUUAAAAAUCUGAAUUGCUUUAUAACUAAAGUCUAUGUUUGUAUUCAGCA